AUGGCUGAGCCAAUGGAUCUUGAUUCAGUGGCAGGGGCAUCAAGAGGUACAAAAAGAAAAGCUGAAGAUGAACUCCCAGAAGUCACCGCCCCUAGGCGGAUCAAGGCAUUGGAUCCCGAUGUAGUCAACAAGAUUGCAGCAGGCGAAAUUAUCGUAGCUCCAGUACAUGCGCUUAAAGAACUCAUUGAGAAUGCCGUUGAUGCGGGCUCAACAUCUAUUGAAGUACUUGUUAAAGAUGGUGGUUUGAAGUUAUUGCAAAUCACUGACAAUGGACAUGGAAUCAAUAAAGAAGAUAUGGCAAUUUUAUGUGAACGGUUUACAACCUCCAAGCUCAAGCAAUUCGAAGAUUUAACGUCGAUUGGAACUUAUGGUUUUCGUGGAGAAGCUUUAGCCAGUAUUAGUCAUAUCGCACAUCUAACUGUCACAACAAGGACGAAGGAUUCUAAUUGUGCUUUCAGAGCACAUUAUGAUAGUGGUCGUUUAAUACCCGCAAAGCCUGGUCAAGGCUCGGAUCCAAAGCCUAUUGCUGGUCGUGCAGGUACACAAAUCACGGUGGAAGAUCUCUUCUAUAAUAUACCUACACGGCGUCGUGCUUUCAGGUCAGCAUCUGAAGAGUAUAACAAAAUUCUUGACGUUGUUGGGAGAUAUGCUAUUCAUUGUGAUGGGAUUGCGUUUAGCUGUAAGAAACAUGGAGAGGCUAGCACCACCAUCUCGACGCAAAUAGCUUCUUCCACUGUAGAUCGCAUUCGACAAAUUCACGGUAGCGGAGUAGCAAAUGAGCUAAUCGAGUUCAAAUCUGCUGAUCCGCGAUGGGGAUUUACUGCUCAAGGUUGGACAACCAAUGCAAAUUAUCAUGUCAAGAAGACAACGUUACUUUUAUUCAUCAACCAUCGUUCCGUCGAGUCAACGGCCAUUCGAAAAGCUAUUGAACAGACUUAUUCUGCAUUCCUCCCCAAAGGCGGCCAUCCUUUCACAUACCUCAAUCUUGAGAUCGAGCCACAACGGUUAGAUGUCAAUGUCCACCCCACCAAACGAGAAGUGAACUUCCUCAAUGAGGAAGAGAUUAUCGAGAAGAUAUGCGCCGACAUCCGAAUAAAGCUCGCAGAUGUAGACAAAAGUCGAAACUUCAUGACGCAAACCCUUCUUCCCGGAGCUCAAGCACCAUUAGUUGCAGACAUGCUUGGUCCUGCCGCCUUUGCCGCAGCAGAAAAAGCCCGAACCACGGCCAGACCCUACGAAAAUAACCUUGUCCGGACGGAUUCGAAACUUCGCAAAAUCACCACUAUGCUUCCAUCCACAACGAAGGCGGUAUCUGCUGCUAGAAAUGACACACCCAUUCCCUCUGGAAGCACUACGGUGACUGGCUCCCAAGAUGUAGAAUAUACAUACACUGACCGCGAACCCAUAAUUUGCCGCUUAAUGACCAUCAAAGAGCUUCGUGCCUCUGUUCGCGACUCCAUGCAUAACACUCUAACCGAGAUAUUCGCUAGUCAUACUUUCGUCGGUAUCGUUGAUGAACGCCGUCGCCUUGCUGCCAUUCAAUCCGGUGUAAAACUUUUCCUCGUCGACUAUGCCGCUAUCUCCUCUGCUUUCUUCUACCAAGUCGGCCUCACUGACUUCGGGAACUUCGGUCAAAUCCGCUUUGAUCCCCCUUUAUCCCUUACUUCCCUCCUAACCCUCGCAGCCACUCACGAAAAAGAAACCGCUCCCCCCAAUGUCUCUCCCGAAGAUGAUUUCGAAAUAGAAGAAGUAGUAGAAAUCGUCUCUGAACAACUAAUCUCCCGCCGCGAAAUGUUACAGGAAUAUUUCUCCUUCUCCAUCACCGCCGACGGACUCCUCGAAGGAAUCCCUCUCCUCCUCAAAAACUACACACCAGCUCUCUCCAAACUUCCCCAAUUUCUCCUCCGUCUAGGUCCGCACGUAAAGUGGACCAACGAAAAAGAAUGUUUUUCUUCCUUCCUACAGGAAUUAGCUAAAUUCUAUGUUCCCGAACAAUUACCUCCAUCUCCUGGUCCGGAAGAUCCUCAACGCGAGGGAGAUGAACAAAAUGAAAUAGUAGGAGAACCUUUCAUUGCCCUGGAAAUUAAACAGAGGAGGGAUGCGGUGAGGAAAAUGGUGGAAGAUGUGUUGUUUCCUGCUUUUAGGACGAGGUUGAUUGCGACGAGAGAUUUGAUGGGUGGUGCGGUGCUCGAGGUUGCGAAUUUGAAGGGUUUGUAUAGGGUUUUUGAACGGUGUUAG